AUGUCGAUGACUGCACACUUUACAGGAAUGCGUGGUCGGAACAUCAAGACGGAUUUCCAAGGUGUUGUUGAACUCAAUCUUGAAGGACUUCCAAAUCUUAUUCCCGGAACAACUUACGACAUCAUUGGCGAGCUCGGUUGUUUAACCGAUCUUUCAUACAAUCCGUGGGGACCCGUCGAUGCUGGAUAUCUCUACUUUACAACAUUUGGAAUUGAAUGUACCGUGUUUCCGGAAUUGGGACCUGCAUUUGUAACAACUGGAAGUGGGACAGCCCACGGGACUGCCUACACCAUCAACUGUGCUGACGGUUACACGUCUCCUGCCGUUCCUGAUUCUGAAGACGAUCAAGAGUCCGAAGUAGAAACACCUGAAUCGCGCAUCGUUCGUUGUGUCGAUGGUGCGUGGGAAGAAAUUCAAUUCGUCUGUUCGAAGGAUUGUCCGAGAUACUACGAAAUGGGUCCGCAAUACGUCGUCGAUGGAGACGCCGGAACGAACCAUCACGGACAAAAAUUGAGCGUCACUUGCGCGAAGGAUACGGAUACAACGUCGAGUACGAUACGUCGUCGUCGCUGUCGUCCAGCGGCAGUACCGUCGUUGGGGGCGCGACGUGUCGUUUCAUGUGCUCCACCCGCGAAGGUCGUUGCUGGUUCCGAGCCGGAAUACGUUGUCUGCGAGGAACAGGGAUGGAGUCCCAUCGAACUGCAAUGUCAUGUGGCGUGCGGCGACUUACCUGAAUACGCUGACGGAUUCCUUCUUGAAGGAGAAGGAAACGGACACGGAGCGUUCCGGGAAAUCUCUUGCAUGCCAGGAUACAAAUCGUUGAGUUCCGGACCAGAGUCGACUCGUGUCGUGUGCAAUGAAGGAAGAUGGGAACAGACCGACCGACUUAAUUGCAUGCGAAAUUGUGGUGAAUUUGAAGCGGGUUCUGGUUUCGUGGUGAAGGAGAAAGAGGGAGAGUAUGGAAUGCACGGAAGCUCGAUCGAAGUGUCCUGCGCCGAAGAAGCGGUCCAAGAAUCCGGAGGGAAGUCGGAGAUUCUUUCGUGUCAAGAUGGAAAGUGGGAUUUGGGACACGUCGUCUGUAACGGUCCUUGUGAACGUCCAGAAGUGACUCUUGGUCGCAGUUAUGUAUCCGAAUUGAAACGAGUUACUGAGAGAACGGAGAGCGGACGGUAUCCGCAUGGGACAACAGGACAUCUUUAUUGUAGUGCUUCGAGUGAUAUUGUCAAUGGGAUCCCACCUGAGUAUGUCAUCUGCAACAACGGUCAUUGGAUUCCCGCUAAUGGUGAAGAGAUGGUGGAUCCCUCGCGACGAUCCCAACGACGUCCCACGUUGAGGUGCCAACGUGGUUGUGGUCCAUUCAGCAAAGAUGUUACGCGGUACCAAGAUGUUGGCGGAACACAAGUGAACGAAGGACUUGCUAAGCGAGCCGCCCCAUCAGGGGCAAGGCGACGAAUGGCAUGCAUGAAGGGAUUUUCCCCGGAACCGUCAACGCAGACAGAAGGUGAAUUGGUAUGUUAUGACGGGAAGUGGCUCGAGGGAAAGUUUGAGGAUACACAAGAUUUUGCGGAGUCUGAGGUUCAAGAAUCCGAGUUUACGUGUCUGUCCGUGUGUCCGGAAUCAACAAUCGCGGAGUUGUUCCAGAAGGGAUACGAACUGGUCGAUCCGAAGCUGAUGAACGCACAACAUGGAGAGUCCUUCGAAAUCAAGUGCCGGGAAGGACUCGAAAGACGGAUUGGGACUCCACGGAAUGAAACCUUCGCCAGCGUCACUUGCAUCGAUGGACGUUUAACGAUUUCCUCGACGUUCAUUUGUGUCGCUCCGACAUGCAGCGACGGAAUUCAAAAUGGCGAUGAAGAUCACAUUGAUUGCGGAGGAAGCUGUCCGACGGCGUGCAGCGCGUGUCAGCUUGGAUUGCUGCGGUGCAUUCCGACAUGUCGUGAUCGUGUCCAAAACGGCGACGAAGAUGGCGUGGAUUGUGGGGGGAAGCGAUGCGAUCCCUGUCGGUAUUGCGACGGACCGCCAAUCGAUUUCCCCGAAGGAGUCGCAUUGAGUGUCGACGGAGGAGUGACGCGUCUGUCCAUGAAAGAAGCUGCAGCAACGGAAUUUCCUAGCGGUACCAGAUUGGACGUUUUCUGCGAGGAAGGAUACGAACAAAUCUCAUCAGCUCCACCCAUAGGAUUUCAAACGUAUCUCUGUGACGGACAGCCAACCCACUGGAGUUUAUCCGACGGUUCGAGAAGUCUUGCGCUGAAAUGCGGAGCGCCCCGUUGCGAUGAUGGGACACAGAAUGGGGAUGAAUGGGGUGUGGAUUGUGGGGGAAGCUGUCCCAAUGCAUGCCCAACAUGCAAUGAUGGAAUUCAAAAUGGAGAUGAGGAGUCGAUUGAUUGCGGUGGUACGCGCUGUCUUCCUUGUAAUGACUGUGGAGUGGGUUCAUUCAAAUCGCUCAAUACGGAAGUCGUUAAAAUCGAAAUUAUUUCAUCGUCAUCAUCGAGUACGGAACUGAGAGAACUUUGGGACUUUAGUGGGACAAAUCAUGGAAGUUUGAGACGCGUCUCGUGUCGGGAUCCUUCUUCCCUGUUUACGCUUCUGAAAUGCGACAAUGGAGAGUGGGAAUCAAUCGAAGGAGUGUCUUCAAUUUAUAGUCUGAAUUGCAACGGUGGUUCAGUCGACGUCACGGAUACUACGAGGCUGGCAGGAAGUCAACUUCAAUCAUUUCGUAUUCCUGAACUCCCGAUGCCGAAAGACUGUCCAACAAGUGCGUUGAAGUUAUUGGCGGUGGACUCAUCGAAUGACUCAAGUUGCUGCCAAUUAAUCCCUCAGCUUCAAGCACUUCUAUCAAGCGAGUGUGGGGCUCUUUUGUACAGCAAAAAAUCGUCCCAGGUUGCUGGAUUUUGCACGGGAACUUGCUACGCUCGCUUUUCAACAAUUCUGGAAACGUACAAAAACCAAGAGGGAACAGGAUGCGAAGUAGUCGGACCCUUUGAAGAGAUGCAAAAGGUGUUUUGCGCUACAGGAUCACGCCCGCCAAGCAGCGUCACGCUUCCAGGUUCUUCGUCUGCAACGGACCAUCGCUGUUUCUCUUCUGCAGGAGAAACGUUGGAUCAGAUGAAAGACCUGAUUGAACUCCGAGGACAGAUUCUGACUGCGGCGUGUGAAGUGAAUAGCUGCUUUUCAUCGAAUCUUCGCUAUUUUGAACUUCUUCGCGACGUCGGAAAUUCCAAAAGAGACGACUCUCGCCGGAACCUCCGGGACGUCGACAUGAAAGAUGAAGCAGAUGACACCUCGCUUCGAAGUCUGGUGAAGAUUUACGAACACAUCCUGCAAGACUUCACAACAAACGUUCUCGGAGCUGACGGUCUUAUGGACAACAACGAUCACUCCGUCAACAGAACAAAGCGUCGGUUAUCAGCAGACAUCUCAGGAUUUCUGUAUAGCGCAGCAUCGUCCCCAUCAGUUCGAAAAUUAUUUAUGGAGAAUCGGUACUCGAGAAGUUUACUCCGAUUCAUGUGCUUGACGGACAGUGAUGGAAAUUCGUGUGGUAGCGUUGUCCAAAGCAUCAUGACAAGCGACCAUUCAGCUGGAUCGAGCUCGAAAACGUGUGGUGAUAAAUGUGUUCUUGAAGUGACGCGCCAUGUGGGACAAUCUCUGUAUUCUCUCGGUAAAGCAAAAAUCGAUCCGUACAUGUCCAUGUUGGGAGUCCUUAUGAGAGCUUACGGACGAGUCGUUUGUCAGCAAUCCACGACUGGAAUGAUUUGUGGAGAUUUGUUCAGUCCAAGUUUGGUAGCAUCCCAUUCGGGUGGAGUGGUGGGUGGACUCACUGCAGCAGACCUGGAGGAGCGCAAAAACAAAUACCCUGAAUGCAGCUGUCCAUUAGCGUAUGUGGGAGAUGGUCGUUGCGAUCUUCAAUGUUUCAAUCCUGAUUGUAAUUAUGAUGAAAAUGAUUGUUUAUUUGCAUCGAUGUUCCGGACAAUAAAACAAAGACUUGAUGCCAUUCUUCCAUCAUCGUCCCCAUGCCAUCCAUUUUCUACGGAAUUCGUUUGCUCAUCGACAUCCACUGAUGGAGAUUGUAGAGCGAAGAUUACUGAAGUCAUUGAGGAAGAUGGAUGCUGCGCGGCAACUGGAUGGGAAAUUUUGAGAGAAGCUCUCGAACUUGAAGUAACGAUGCGAAGUCUUGCUGCUGCCCGAUAUGAAGAAACAACAGGAAAGAAAGCUGGAGAAUAUUUCUCGCAGACUUCUUUGAACAAUCGCCUCGUGCUCGACAGAUCGACAAAAUGGAUCGAAGCGACUUGUCAAGUUCUACUGGAUCGAGGAUGCUCACGAGGAUUGCGACGUUCAGUCGUUCAAAUGGAACUUACAUUGAGAAAUCUAAAUUAUCAGAAAAUUUUUGGAAGUCCGGACGCUUCUAUUCUUUCUAAUCUGUUAACUGUUCGUCUACGCUCAACCAUUUCCGAUCUGUUGGCAGUCCCGAUUGCGGAUGUUGGAGAAAUCCGAUUUUGGUCAGGGAGUGUGUUUGUAGAGGUGCUUAUAGACGCAGGAGCAUCAAUUCCUGAGAUUGUUAAAGAUCUUAAACGCUCUCAAUCGUCUAAAACGCUCGAUGCCUCGAUCAAUACGGCGACCCUUCAGUUUUUGACGGAAGCGAUUUCAGCUGGCGUUCCACUGACAGACCUUCUUUACAAUACGCCAGACGACCACAAACUGCGACGUCUUCAAUCUCAACAACCAUCUCAGCAAAUGCAGCAACUUAUGGAUUUCAAUUUCGUGAAAGAUCUCAACUUUCAAUUGCACCCAGUACAACUUCCCGCCCUUUCCACCUCAAAUGGUCCUUCUGAGGCUCCGAUUACGGGAACGCUCGGAAUGCCAGGAUUCCAAAAUUCGCUCACCAAUCCAGCCUGUUCCUCUUUUCUCGGACUCUCUCCCCCUCCUAAUUUUGCGGCUGCGGAAUCAUCGGUUUACGAAAUCGACCAAAGUUACGGACACGGAACAACACAUGGCUCGACACGCCAGGUACGUUGUGCUCGAGGAUUCGAACCAUCGCUCGUUGACUCUGGACCGUCACCUCAAUUCUUGGUCUGCGAUCGUGGGCGUUGGGUUACGCCGACUCCCGGAGAGAAAAAGCUUGUUUGUCGGAAGCCAUGCGAACCUUACGAAAGCCUUGAUGUCGGAUUCGACGCGUCCGCCAUGACCCUGACAGCUCAAGGAGGAACCUCGGACGGAGCGACGCGAACCGUGUCGUGCCUUGCAGGAUACCACCCUGUCGAUGGCAGUCAGUCGCCUGAAAAACUCGUUUGUCGGAAUGGCGCUUGGGACAGAAGGUCCUUAGCUUGUACUCGUGGUGAUGGAACAAAUCAAGUGCUGAUGAAUGCGAUGUGUGGAAGUGUCAUGUUAAGUGAUUCAAUCACUCCUAAUGAUUUUUAUUCAUUGAAGCAAAUUUUAUCAUCAUCUGCUGAUGCAUCAUCGUCAUCAAAAUCUCCAACCAAAUUGACUUUGUGGAGUCUACGGUGUUCACGUGGUUAUGUUCCAAAACAAGGUAAUUUAUUUUUUUAA